GAAGCAAGACUUAGCUCGAUCUGUGAUUGGUAGUGUUGAUGCCUCCAAGAACACACAGCCUAUUGAUGACCUUCCCCUCGCGGCAUUGCCGAUACCAACCCAUGAUGCAAUGACAGAGCAGGGACGAUUUGCUCUUUUAAUUGUCGUGAAGUCUGUUCCAUCCCCGCAAUGAUUCCAUAUUUUACAACAACUGAACUCAAGACUGUAUGAUAAUUUCAAUUUUGACCUUUACGAACACACACGACUGAUUUUACUACGACUCUCAACUACUAAAAUAACUACAACUCUAUUGUCUAUUACUUAUUCUUUUGAUUUAUCACGUCAAACCUCCAUUAUGUCUGCCAACGAAAUGAGAACCGAAGCUGAGCAGCACGGCCAGAGUUUGGGCUCCCGGCUCACUAAGAAACUCAGCAAGAGACUCUCGAUUAGUGGUUCCAAAGAAGGAGCGAAAGAAGGCGCCACCGCAAGCUCAAGCAAAGAGCCUGCAGGUGAAAGUGGUAUUGGCCAGCAGGGCCUCAACAAGGGUCAAGAAAUCAAGGACCAAGCAACGAAAGGAGAAGUGAGCGGUGACAAGGAUGUCACAUUCAAAGGAGAAAACACCAAGAAUCCCAUCACCCAAGGAGAUAAAGGUGCCGCGACCGGCAUUGGCCUCACAGGAAGUAAUGUCAACAAGAAAGCCGCAGAGAAUGUCAGCUCAAGACUUGCAGGAUACAGAGCGAGUAUCAGCCAUGGACCUCCUGAGUACAACGACGACAUUAAAAAGGGUCCCAUCACAACUGGCAUUCUAAGAGAUACUGGUCAGACAGGUCGCGGAGGAGUUGGAAGCGGCAGCAAAGAUGGGGGGUUGAAUACCGGCAGGAAAGAACUCAGCCCAACUCAGACGGCCGAUUCCCAGAUUCGGCAAGGAACCAGUCAAACCCAACAACCACUCAAUUCAGCUCCGUCCGCCAUUGGGGCCAGUCAGAGCCAGCCGGGUCCGAGCAAAGAUCAGCCGUCACUCAGCCAGAGCGAGCAAACUCUCAGUCCAACUCAAAAGGAUCUUAGUCAAGGCCAGAAAGGAAUAGGACAAGGUCUCUCCAGUACCGGCGGCGCAACCAUUGGUGGUGAUGAAAUGAUGCAGCAAGAGCUUCGUGAUCAGCUGGCUAUCGGUGACGAUGUCUUCGGCGGCGUAGAUACCAGCAAAGCAGCCUCAAAGUCAGCCAAAAAAUCAUCUUCUAAGCAAACGGGAAAAUCUGGCUUCGGGGCCUUCGGAGGCGGUGCUCUUGGUAACAUAUUCCGCCGCGCAUCUGGACAAGGCAAAUCAGCCAAGAGUAACGUCGGCAAAGAGAAAACUGUGUCGACUUCGCAAACAUCCAAGACUUCCGAGUCCACUGAGAAUCACAGCAUUAGCCGAAAGGCUGUUGCUGGAGCUGGUGCCGGUGCCGGUGCCGGUGCAGCCCUUGGAGGAUUGGGAAUGAAGCGAGGCCUAGAUCAGACGAAUAUGGGUCAAACCGGUAUGGGUCAGACUGGCAUAACCAACGCUGGCAUAGCCAACACUGGUAUGGACAAGUCUGGCAUGGGCCAGAGCAGUAUGGGACAGGGUGGCAUGAGGGAUGGCGUGUCCCCAACUUCCAUGGGUGCCAUGGACUCCAACAGAAAAGCCAGUGAGGAUUUGUCUCUUCACGGUGGUAUUGUGCGAGGAGGGAAUGCUAUCAUGAGUGGCCCCAUCGAGUCUCCCAAGACUACCAGCUCAUCCGGCAAAGCAGGUGCAGCUGCAGCUACUGGACUUGGUGGUGCCGCUGGCGCCGCUGGCAUGGCCGGCAUGGCCGGCAUGUCUGGCAAACCUGGAAUGGCUGGGACUCGAGGAAUCGGGCUCAGUGACGAUCUCAGUCAACAAGGCCUUAGCAAGGACCCUUCCAGCCGGGGAAUCUCAGGCGCUGCCAGCUCGACUACGACUAACACCAGUGGAGUAUCCACUCGAGCGGUUCGAGGUCUGAGCGCGACCACCCAUAAGGCCACUGUUCUCCAGGACAAGGUUCAAGCCGUCUCUCAGAAGUGCAAGACUCAGUUAGGCGUGUCGUCCGACGAAAUCAGCCAACGGAGUUCGACAGUUGACACCUUCUUCGACGCCGUAGCAGCCGAACGCCUGCGCUGGAUGCCUCGCGAUGGUAGUAGGCUCGACUGCAGUCUUCGAUGGGCGUCUCGACUGGCAUAUGCAGUCGAUGCUCUUCGUGAGUCGACAGGGCACUUUACUCCUGGCGCCGAUGCAGCAGCCCAGCUGAUCUGGGGACUCAUGAUCCUCUUAUUGGAGUCUGAUAUGGACAAUACCGACCUCUUCGAAAGCGUCUUUGGUCGAUACGGCCGCGUUGCUGUGGGCAUAUAUCUCUUGCUUCAGUACGAGUCUGCAUACAAGAGCUCGACUAAUCUCCAACCCGAAGCUGCUGCCGUAUUUUCGGACCUGCUGGAAAUGGUCUGUACUACCACAACCAGCUGUAUUGAAGGGUCCAAGGCCAAAGAGUCGACCCAGCUCAUCGAACACAACGUGGAUGCAGCUUUCGUCACUUACGCGAAGCGAUACUCGACCCAUUGGAAUGCCAUUGUCGAGUGCGCCACGUCCAAGCUGGUCAAGGAAAGCCCCUUGAUAUAUAAGAGCCCAGAGCUAGGUAGUCUCCGCCAGUUCCUUAGCGUGCAGGACCGCCCUCUUCAGUUUAUCCUCGAGUCUCGCAUGCACUCUCUUGCCGAAGGCUCCUUCGAGUGGUUCAACAGUACUCUGUACGAGUUCUCGGUUGGCAAGUCUCCAGUCAUGCUGGUGACUGGUGGUGCAGGAUCAGGAAAGAGUGCCCUCGCCCAGUGGACCGUUGAGCGUCUGCAGGAAUCAGCCGAACACGAUAGCUGGAAUGUUAUUCCAUACACUAUCCGCGCCGACAUCCCCGUUGCAACCUUGAACCUCCGCAUUCUGAAGGGCAUACUGCAUCAGAUGUUAGACCAUUGUGUCAGCGACAAGAAAACCCAGGAAGCGAUUCUGGUUCAUGUUGCCAAGGCAGCCCAAGGUGCCUUGGAUGGGGCCGGUGACGCUGAAGUCGAGGAGAGCCUGUGGCGAGGCAUUCGAACCGGCUUGGCCUCCGACAUUCAGUACAUGUUCGUUGUCGACGGCCUCGAUCAGAUCAAGGGUGGAGAUGCCGAUGCAAUUAGCUUCCAGGACAAAUUUACCGAGACUUUGUGGGAGCAGAAUGCGGGAUCCAAAAUGAUUGCGUUCACCAGACCGCUCAGUUCGAAGCCACGCUCGACAAACAUUGAGCAUUUUAUGAUGCAAACCACUCAGACACGAACUGAUUUGGUCGCAUUCGCAACCAAGAUGCUCUCAAACUCGCACUUUGAUACCGCCAAGAGUGACCAGCUGCAAUCUGCCGUGGCUACUAUCGUAAACCGCUCUCAGGGAUCGUUCAGCUGGGCCGAAAUGGCUAUUGAGUAUGCUAAGCAGCAGAGAACCUUGGCACAAGUUGUUUCAGCUGUCCAAAGUUUGCCGCAGCCUAUGACAGAAUUGCUUGAUUUCCACAUGCAGAAUCUUGAUCUAAGCCAACACGAGGCAGUGGCCGUUAUGUCGUGGCUAGCCGCAUCUGAGAGACCUCUACUCGUGGAAGAGGUCGAGCAGCUUCUUCGUGUUGAUUCUCAGGGACCCAGUUUCAUGUCGCGUAAGAGCAGUACUGAAAAGCAGUGGUCUGAGGCGCUUCGUCCUCUGGUGGUGACGCGGGACGGCGUGGUUUCUUUUGCGCAUACAUCCAUCCGUGAUCAUGUCAUCGGCCAGGCCAGAUCUGUCAGCAUUAAAUCACCACUCAAUUUCAAGGAAGCCCAUCAGGAUCUUCUCAUGAGGUGUCUGGGCUGGGUACAACUGAGCGUCCGUGAAGAGACUGAGAUCUCGAUGGAUAAGCUCAGCAUGGCAGAGCGUGAUCGCCUCUUCGACAAAUAUGUCAUCCUGGAAUAUACUGCUCGCUACUGGAUUUCUCACCUGUUGUCAUCGCCUCUCGUGACCGAUGAGGGCGAGUUCCAGUUCACAACAACCUUCCAAAAGCUGCUACCGGCGACCGUUCUCUUUGCUCGACUCGAGCUGACCUGUAAGGAGUCUCAGUUCACUCGGUCAAGCGUUGUAGAGCUGUACCGUCUCGCGACAGACAUUCGUCGUCUCGUUUUGGGCGAGAAGUCUAUGGGACUUCUUGAGAGCUUGCUCCUGAGUUCCCGUGUUUCCAAGCUAGCGCACGCUAGUCAUGCUGAUGAGCAUUGCUAUGAGGCUUGGAGACUCAGCCAAGAGCUGCUCGGCCAGUCGGACCCCAUAACCCUGACAUGCGCCGAGAUGAUGACCCAGUCAUUCAGUGAGCGAGGCACCAUGACAGCCCAGCAGGAGGAUAUCAUGAAGUACCUCAUCCUGACAGACUCCGAAAUCACCGGAGUCGAGUUCAACCAGCGCCUGAAGUACCUUGGUAUGAUAGUUGGCAUGUACAAAUCUCGUGGUGACAACAAUUCCGCACUCCUCAUUUCGAAGCAGUUCUACCAGCAGAUCCUUCAAAAAUACGGCACCAAUUCGAGACAAUCCUCCGAGGCUGCCGACUUCCUGACAAGUCAGUUCUCAGCCACUGAUAGUGACGAGAUGACUCGGGACAUUGCAAAAACCAAGUACGACAAUGUCAUUCGCACCAUGGAAGUCACAGACGAGCGUCGUAUCAAAUACUCAUUGUACAUGGCUCAGCUUUACGAGCAACACAACGACCACCCCCAAGCCUCGGCAGUUCUGUCGGGUCUCUGGGCUGGUCUCAAUGCCCGCGAUAUCGAUUCUGUUGAUAUGAUGGAUAAGAAGGCCAACGUCGCUCUCGUCUAUUACCAAUUCCUCCGUCGACAGGGCCGCGAUGAUGAGGCUGAAGUUAUCAUGCGUGAGCUUGUGGCAGACCUAGAGGUUUCCGGCAUUCAAUCUCCGGAGAUGAUGCAGCGAGUGCACCUCUUACGUGCUGAGACUCGUGAGAUGAAAAUGUACAGCCUGGACCGCUCUCUGUCUAUCCUUAUGUGGCGCUAUUACAAACAGAAUCAUCUGGAGUACACACCCGAAGCCAGAGGUCUGGCAAUGUCGCUGGCCGAAAGCAUGGCCAAUUCGGUCUCCAUUGAGGACUCUACUUUGAUGACCGGAAGCGACCGCAAGCUCAUGGUCGAGCUCUUGGAUUCCAUUACGUCCUCGCCCGGUAACAUUUCUGUCCCGACUUUGAUUCUCUGUCACAAUCUUUCGAGUAUCUAUGUGCGCGAGGAGGAUUGGAACGAGGCAAGCGAUUGCUCCAAGGCUGUUCUGCAGCAUGUCUAUCCGUCAGUCGAACGGCCUGGUUCUCACAAGAAGUUCACGACCGAAUUGGCACCUCCCGUCGCUGACCUGGCUUUGAUUCUCGCCUAUUGUCACUUCCGAAAACUGCAUCUUGAACAGGCCACCACUGUCUACGAAAAUGCCUUCGGUUCAAUGGUUGUCUCAGACAAGGUGCCCGUCGCUUCAGUCCUGGCUGUCGCCAAAGCUGUCGUUGAGUUCUACGAAACGACCUUCCAGUUCACCAAGGCCCUUACUCUUCUCCAUACAGUCAGCAAUUUCUUGACCUCUCGACUGGGUGAGGCUCAUAAGCACACAAUUGACAAUAUGUACUUGGAAGCUGCACUGGCAGACCGUUUGGAGAUGACCAACGAGGCCAAGAGCACUUACCAGCGCAUCUAUAAGAACACUCUCCGUGAAAACGUCAUUGCUCCGGAGGGUAUCGAAGCUGCGCUUGCCCUGAUCAAUCUCUAUGAGAAGGAGAUGCAGUGGAGCUCGGCCUUGGACAUCUACCGACACUUGUGGCCUACUGUCGUCGUGCAAGAUACCACGCGUGCCUUUGAUCGCUUACAGACUGAGCGUCUACUCGAAAAGACUUACAUUGGCUACAUGACUAUCUUGACAACUCACAUGAAGAGCUCCGACUUCUCUGAGAGGUACAAGGUUUCAUCUGACUAUGUGACUACCUGCCGCAAUGUCUAUGGUCCCACGCACCAGAAGACCCUAAGUGCAACUCUCCUUUUCGCUGAGUUAUGUGAGACCCACGAUUCGUACAUUGAUCAGGCUAUCAUGCUAUACAAGCAGCCACUUCAGACAAGCGAGUGGGUGCCAACCUCGCAAGCCUCCAAGGGUCUGGACCAGAUGACCCAGGCACUGCCGAUCACUCUAAAGCACAAGCUGGCCCAGCUGUUUGUUCGAAAGCGUGAUUCCACCAGUGAAGCUCGCUCACUGUACACUGAGGAGUUCCAGCUUGGCAAGAAGACUCAAGGCCUCUUCUCCACUACCACACUGUCCUGGCUUCGCGAGCUUGCUCUCGCCCAUUCUCGACAGGGUACUCCAACCUCUGUUCAGCAGGGCAACGCUCUCCUCCACAACUAUCUCACCGAAUGCAUGCAUGCCGGUGGAGACAAUGAAAUGAUGGCCAACUGGGCACGCAAGAUCGCCGCCAUUUAUCUCGAGUGCGGUUUUAUCGAAGGGGGAAACAACGUGCUCGACGAGCUCCGCCAACGCGUAGUCUACAGCUCCGAGACUUCCGUAGUGGCUAUCCACGAACGCCGCGAGGCAAUAUUCGUGUCUUCCUUUGAAGAAGCCUUCGGCCGUCGCGCUACCUCGGAUCAAAUUAUGGACGAGAUGGCUCGCGAAAUGCAGACCCAGCAGGCCUUUGCGAAGAAUCUAUCUGGUCACGACUUCAUUCCAACAUUGAUCUCUGGCGAUCGUCUCAUUCGUUUGCAGACAGAGCAGAACCGCACUCGAGCUGCGAUGGAUACACGCAACAAACUGUACGAGUACUUCUGCACCACGCUGUCUGCUAUUUCGAUUGCGGAUCGGGAUGUCGUCAAGCAGUUCUUCAAGAUCUGUUUGCGGGAAGUUCAUAAUGAGAAGUAUAAUCUGAAUAUUCUCAACACGACCACUAAAAUGGUUCGCGACUUGUGCAAUCAAUCCCGUUUCCAGGAUGCGAGCGACGUCACCAGCGUGCUGCACUCGUUCCUCCAUCUCACCGAUGGUCUCAACAGCUACGACAGUAUCAUCACCGCUACAAAGCUGUGCCUGUAUCUUAGUGGUCACGAAGCCACCAAGUGCGAGAACAAGGCUCUGCAAACCGAGAUGUCCUCCAAGGCGAAGAUGCUCCUACAAGCACUCAUGGCAUCAGCCAAGACCAUCGGUAUCGAGAUCGUCGACCUUCCAUUCCACGAGUUGAACGACAUCAUAACCCUCCUCGGCGAACACGAAAUGUUCGACGAUCUAGAAGGUAUCCUAACUCAACUCUGGACCUCCCGCAUCGUCCAACGAACCUGGACACCCGACGUGGUCGUCUGGAUCGGCCGUCGCCUCGUUGAAACACGCUUCUGCCGUGGCUCUGUCGACUCGGCUAUCCAGCUAUGUCGCGAUAUCUGCUACAACCUUCGCCAAGUAUGGGGAUCCUGUGACCCAGUCACCCUGGAAAUGACCAAGCUCUUAUCGGGACUCUACACCGCGUCCAACGAUCACAAAUCCACAGCCGCCCUUCACGAAGGGGCCCUGCACGACUUGAUGGGUGACUUCAAGGCAAAGAAUCACCCCCGUGCUGCGGACACUGCGUCCCAGCAUAUGGAGCUGCUCCGUCGGGCACAGUCUCGUUUGGGAGUGGACAAGAGCGACAGUUCUUCCAAGGCUUCUGCCCACGCGGGCCUUAUGGCGCAAGUGGCGGACCGCUUUGGCUUGCAGUCGGAGCAGAUUAAGGGGGUGGGGGAUGCUAAUGGUGGGGAGAAUUUCGGUGUAUGGUCAAGACCGAGACGGUUUAGUAUUGAUGUCGAGGAUUUGGACGAUCAGGGUCAGACUCAUCAGAAUCAUUUGCGGCAGUCGAGUGGUGCUGGUCUGACUAAUGGUAGUGGUGCGCCGAGAAGGAUUUCGGUGCAGGCACUUUAACCGUCUGGGCUGGUGUUUUGGUGGAAAAGAUGGAUUAAAUUGUUACUCAUCACCCACUUUUGAAUGUGUUGGCGUUUGAAAUUGUUCGAAAAGGGGAUAUGUGUGGGAUCAAAUUGUAAAGUUAAAUCUACAGUCUUAGGUUCAGUCAAUAUCAG